AUGCAACGACCGCGUCUCGGGACCCUGAGGUUCUUUCUGCGCUUAAUGCAGUUGGGCGUCUCUAUUGGGCGUAUGGAAAACACAAGCGUGCUGAGGAGUUGUACACGAGUGCACUUGUUCGGGCGAGAGACAAUCCUCGGUCCAAGUCAUAUUUCCACCCUGCAGUCUGUGCACAACAUUGGAGUUCUGUGUCAGGACCAGGGCGAUCUGAAAUCUGCUGAGGAGAUGUUCCAGCGGGCGCUGGAGGGACACGAAAUGGCUUCAAAUGAAGAUGACGGCAGUCCUCCCAUGGAGACCCUUGAUACACUACAGAGCCUCGCAAAUCUCUAUCGAAUUCAGAACCAAUUAGAGAAAGUGGAGCACAUGUGCCAACGAGCACUGAGUGGUUAUAAGAAAGCUCUGACCGCAGAUCAUCCCUCGACGCUGAAUGCCAUCCACAAUCUUGGAAAUAUCUACUGGGCUCAACACCAGCUAGAUGCUGCAUAG